AUGAAUGUUAAAAAUUUUGAUACACAACAACAAGAUGAAAUUUAUCUGAAGCAUAACAAGCUAUGCUUCGUAUUGAAGUCCAAGGCUCUUCAAUUUCAAUUUGAUAGAGAUUUCUAUAAUCCAGAUAGGUCACCUGACACUUAUACGGAUACGAUGUCACUUUAUUCUGAUAUUUCUCUGAAAUCAUUCAAGAAUGACUAA